AUGUUCACCCGAGCACCACACAAGUCACACACGGUACAAUCAAAAAGCAUGUGGUGGGUACAGGGGACGGGGAAGGGGGGCGGGGUGGGGUGGGAAUGAGAAUAAAAGCCAUUGCUGCCGUACUAUGUGCCCAAAAAAACAGUCACGCACGCUACAAGAAAAUGUUCACCCGAAGGCUGCACAGGUCCGACGGUGCUGCAGCGGUUUGUGUAAGACAAGGUGGGGCGCAACAUUGACACUAUGCAAAGCUCUACAGUACACCGGAGUCGAUCACCUAGAAAGCCAGACAAUGUCCU